AUUGUCGGUUGCCAAGUUAAAGUUGCCCAAGGAACACUCGCCGCGCAUCUAGAAACCAUGUCCAAGAUCAAGAAGUUCUUUUCGCGGAAGAAGGAGGAGGCGGCGUUUAAACUUAAGCUAAAGGGCAGCUCGAUGGGCACAGGCCAUAAGUUGAAUUCCCCCCAAGAGGCGCCUGUAGCCAGUAGCUCUCGCCAAAAGUACGAAGCCUACGUUCCUCCCAAAAGAAACGAGUUGAGUAACGAGGCCAGGCAAGCUGCUAAUGCAGCACUGGCCCGUAUUGAUAAGAAACCCUCCAGGGAAUUCAACACCUCGCUGUCAGCUGUGAAGGCUCAGGCCAAAAGAGAACUCGAGGCGGAACGUCGCCAGAAGGAGGAGGCAGAGGCCUCAGCCUCAACGGUCAGCACGGCAACCUCGGCCUCUGGCGGGGAUAAUCGCAACUUGGCCUGCGAGGGCGUCUUCUUCCGCUGUCCCCUAAUCAGCGAAGAGAUUCUACCAAAAAGCGUUUGGAAGGCCCGAAUCAAGGAGUUUCUUUACCAGCAACUGGAGGGAGAUCGCGGCCUAACCGCCUGUCUGAUCAUCCACAAUUGCAAUGUAAAGGAGAAGGCGGACGAGUGCAUUGCCACCCUGAUUCGGUACCUGGAGAACCUAAUCAAAAAUCCCGAGGAGGAGAAGUUCUGCAAGAUACGCAUGUCCAACAAGAUCUUUAGUGAGAAAGUGCGAUACGUCGAGGGUGCCUUGGAUGUGUUGCAUGCAGCUGGCUUCAGCGAGGUGAAGAUCGAUGAUGAGCAGUUCCUGCUGUGGACGCGAGAGCAAACCGAACAGGAUCUCGACUUGCCUACACUGGUGGAUGCUCUCAAGAACUCGGAGAUCAUUCCUUUGGAGCUGGACCGAAAUAUAAAGGUUCUGCUGCCCUCACAGGCACGUCGGGUUGUGCUUCCCGACGAGUUCUAUCGCCUGGCGCCGGAGGAGAUCAAGAAGGAGCAGCAGCUGCGAUCCGAGGCCAUUGCCCAGUCCCAGAUGCUGAGAACCAAGGCGAUGCGGGAACGCGAGGAGCAGCGCAACUUGCGCAUGUAUCGAUACGCUUUAGUCAGGGUUAAAUUCCCCAAUGGUCUCUUUAUUCAGGGCACUUUCAAUGUGUAUGAGAAAAUAGCCGAUGUGUUUGAGUUUGUGCAAUCUUGCCUGGCAGAUGAAAGCCUGGAUUUCACCCUGGUGGCCACUAGCGAGGGUAAACUGGGCGAAGAAGACCUGGAAAAGACACUUUUUGACUGCAAACUCAUUCCCAACUCCCUUUUGCUGUUUAGCGCAAAUGGAGUGCCUGCUCCGGUACAAGCGGAUCUUAACUACUUAAAAGAAGAUCUUCUAAUGCUGGUGCAGGCUAUGUAGACUUGCUUUAUUCCCAUCUAAUCAGCGGUACUUGUCCCUUACAUUAUAACGGAGCUGUUGUUAUUUAUUACUUUCAAAUCUAUUAUUCAAAAUCAAUUAUAUAUAAACGCACUUUUCAAAAAGGUAA